AUGGGAGUUUUGAUUGGUCAUGCGGCGUGCUACCCGCUGUCUCAUCCAGGAUGGAAAACAGAUGGUCAGACAGGAGAAGACCAUGAGAAGACAUGUUCUCUUUCAUCUCCCUGGGAUCUCCAAGUAAGUGUUCGCGACACGUAGUUGUGAUGGCUGGGUUGUGUGUUGGUCAAUUGGCUUCAGAUCAGGGAGUUGACGGAAGAUACGGACUACUAUAUCAACCUUUGGGACGCCACAAACUCGCCCUCCGGCGUCCUUAUUGGUCAGCGAUUGGGUGCAUGCUCUGGCACUCAUUUACUAGCUCCUACCUUGCAGGACGGACAAGGGAAUUUAGAAUGAAGCAUCUGGCAUCAAGGGCCGCUGGCGAGGCCAAGAUCACAUUAAGUGUCUUCUCAAAAGAGACACACGGUGAGAGCCCAAUCAUGCAGAUGUACAGACAGUAGACAGACGGCUGUGUCUGCAGGCUACAUUGUGAUCGAGGCUUGGGCAAGCACUGAUGGAGAUGGCGUGAUCAUCAUCCAGAGGAAGGAAGAGGACAAGGAGAGGAAUGGAAUUGUGAUUUACGAUGUGAAGAGCCUUGGACAGUCGACAUAUGGAUGGCACAAAUGUGAAGACGUAUUUGCACGAUUGUAA